GUUCUGUCCUGACAGUCACUGCAGUUUCAUUCGUCUGCACAGCUGGGACUCCUGGAAGGAGACAUCAUGAUCUUCACUUUUACAGUGUUCUUUCAUCUUGGAGACCCAGUGGUCUUGAGUGGCUUUGAAGAGGAGAGGAUUUCCUCAAACUUCAGGGAGAAAAUCUCACAGAGAAAUCUCUUUCAGGGCUGAGUCUGGAACCCAGGAGCAUGGUGGUGGCAGAAAAAUUGCACAAACCCACCAUCUGGGCUGAACCAGACUCUCUGGUCACCAAGGGACUGUCUGUUGAUAUCUUCUGUUUUGGAACUGAGGAAGCCCAGAAGUACAAUCUAUAUAAAAAGGAACAUUUAAAACACUUGAAGAUACAGACCUCACUGGAGCCUGGGAACAAAGCCAACUUUUCCAUUCCAUUUAUCACAGAAUAUAAUGCAGGACUAUACUACUGCUGCUAUUUCAGCCCUUCUGGCUUGUCAGAAUGCAGUGACAUCCUAGAGCUUGUGGUCACAGGAUUCUACAGCAAACCCAACAUCUCAGCCCUGCCAAACUCCCUGGUGACCUCAGGAGGGAAUGUCACCCUCCAGUGUAGCUCACAUCAGGGAUAUGGAAGAUACAUCCUUACCAAGGAAGGAGAACAGAAUGUGUCCUGGACUCAGAAUUCCCAGAAACAACCCAACGGACAUUUUAUGGCCUUGUUUCCUGUGGGGCCAGUGACUUCUAAACACAGAUGGGCCUUCAGAUGCUAUGGCUAUUAUGAGAGAACACCCCAGAUGUGGUCAAUGCCCAGUGAGACCCUGCAACUCCUCCUUGUAGAUUCACACUCACAAGACCAUACAGUAGAGAAUCUCAUCAGGAUGGCUGUGGCUGGCUUGGUUCUGGUGGUUCUUGGGAUUCUACUUUUUGAGGCACAAAACAGUCAGAGAAGUCAUCAAGAUUCAGGAUGGAGGUGAACCAGAGAGAAUGGUGCAUCUAUCUCUUAAUGUGGUAGAGGCUUAAAGAGGAAUCCAACAAGUAGAGGAAAUCAUGGAAGUAAAUUUGUGGUACAAGUGUUUGAGCACUGUUGCAUACCCCAAAGAAAACAACUUAUUUGGGUGCAGGGAAAAUGUCAAAGAGAUCUGUGACGAGGACUCUACACCCAUUAAGUUAGAACAGUGUGGUGGCUUGAAGGAGAUGGCCUUCGAAGUCUCAGGCAUUUGAAUGCUUGGUCCUCAUCUGGCGAUGCUGUUUGGAGAGACUUAGGCCAUGUGGUCUUGUCAGAAGAAUUGUGUAACUGGGUUAGGCUUUGGAGCCUUAAAGCUCAUCAUUUCUAGCUCACUCUUGUGUGCUCAUUUUCGACAAGAUUGAAAUAUUCCACUCUGCAGGGAAUCUUCUUAAGCCAGAAGGCAAACAACUCAAAAUAAUCCCAGAGAGGCUCUGAAACUAACAAGAUUUAAUAGGUUCUUUUUUUCCUAAGAGUUAACAAGAAGAGCUGUUGUGAGUUACUCUUAGACAAGGUAAGCUGCAAAGAAGAAUCCGAGACCAGAUCUACUUCCUGGAAAAAUAAAGAAACAACUGAGCUGCCUAGAAGAGGUUUAGACUGAAAUCACCUGGAAAAGACACUCUCCAAUAUGUUUAGCUUGCCUGAAAGCUCUGAAAUGUGUCCUUUGUGAGUUGUCGCCCAUGGUGGCAUUAUUUCUGCUCUUGUAAAUUACCUCAAUAAAACCCAUUGGUUCACCAAAUUGGACUUUAGUGGUAUCCAUACUUUUGUCUGUCAUUGACUCCCUAUUGAGAGAGAGAGAGAGUAUACAUGUAUGCUGUAUUUCCCAGGACAAGUCU